AUGAUAUGCUCAACUCUCGAGAGCCUUGCAGACUUUGUUCCGGAGCUGUUGCUAUGUCGCCACAUCAUUGUGUGCGACGGAUACCGCCUUGCCAGCGACAGCAAAUUCAGGAGUGGAGUUGUGACGGAAGAACGGGCAAGGGCAUAUGAGCAAUAUCGAUCUAGUCUUGAGAUUCUGGCAGAAACGAAGCCGUCACCAAUCUGGGCAGCUGUGGAAGUCUUACGACUGGCAGAGCGCCAAGGCUUUGGAUUUGCGGUGCGGGCAGCACUGGAGCUAGUCCGCACGCCUUUCGUGUGCAUCAUGCAGCAUGACCGCACAUUCAUGCGCCGCUUUGAGCAAGUAGAGCCACUCCUGCAAGCCAUGUCGCAGAAUCCUUGCCUGAAGAUGGUCGGCCUACCCACAACAACUAAUGAUCCGACACGCUACAUCAUCCAGGCUGUGACCAAACUGGGCGAAAUGAAGGUCAGCCAUCCGCCGUUCGAUUCUUUGAUAGUGACGUCUUCUGCAAGCCCUUUUCUCCGAUUCAUACCAAUGAUCAUGUGGCAUGACUCCACGCAUUUUGCAUCUACCUCCUACUAUCGAGACUUUGUCUUUGGCCGACGGCACCUAGUGACGCGUGGUGGAUUCAUUGAGGAUAAACUUGGCCAGCAGCAGGGGAUGGACCUGCGCUCCUUGGGCUGGAGUAGCCAUGCAAGCUACGGAACGUUCCUUUUGGAUGAUGGAGCACCAGCACCAGCGCGCAUGGUUGGCCACCUGGAUGGGAAACGCUACUUGCGACAAGAAGCGAGGAUUGCUUUGGAAGCAGCUGAGAGGGCAAAGGCUUCCGCAUCUGUGGCUGUUGAUGCUGAUGCCCCUGUUCCGGCUGUGGACGAGAUCAGAACAGCUUGUAAGUGCUAUCAGAAAAUGAGGGACUGCUGA